CGAAAUAUCAGCCUCAUCGUUUUCUCUAAUUCUCGAAGUAUAAAGUGGAAGCUAGUUCGUCAACCUCCUAAUCCUUUCUUCCUUUCCCUCCACUGCUCUCUUACGCGGCAAAACCACCGAUAUGGAAGAUCCGCAAGGGCACCGUCACCACCAGCACCAAGACUCCUCUCCAAAUUCUCCCACAGCCUCUUCACCACCAUGCACCACCAGCACUUGCGUAAAAUGCGGCGGCCCAACUGCAUACCCUCCACCUCCUCAAUCUUGGCCCGAAAUGUCUCCUCCUCCUACUUACCGCCCAAUCCGAGCUCCCGCUAUUAAUCUUCCUCCGAACAACUCCCAAGCGAUAAUCCUCGCUCCGGUUCCUCAAUCUCAGAAAGUCCCGACCAUUUCCCCUCCUUAUAACUUCCAAUCGCCUUCUAAGAAAAUCCAAUAUCCCGACGACAUUCGCCAUUUUCAAGCAUCCGAUGCCGGCAAGAACUUCCUGGGCUUCAUUGUAUCUCUCUCCGAGUCCAUCCGUGGCCACAAAAUCUCCGAUGCUUGCCAUGAAUCACAUACUGUAAAGACUAUAACCUCCGUUCUCGAAACCCUAAUUCACUGGGUUGACGAAAUUCCUCCGGUUCAACAAGCCGCUCGCUACGGUAAUAUCUCUUACAGAACAUGGCAUAGCCGUUUGGUGGAAAAUAGCGAUUUAUUAAUGCUUCAAUUUUUGCCUGACCAUUUUAAAUCUGCAACAAUCGAGAUAGUUCCUUAUUUCACUGACAGUUUUGGAAAUUCGAGUCGGAUUGAUUACGGUACUGGCCACGAGACUAAUUUUGCAGCUUGGUUAUACUGUCUGGCAAGGAUGGGAGUUAUUAAGGAAGAGGAUUAUCAAGCCGUGGUGGCUAGGGUUUUUGUAAAGUACCUUGAGCUAAUGAGGAAAUUGCAAUUAGUUUACUCUUUGGAGCCUGCAGGCUCACAUGGUGUAUGGGGGCUUGAUGAUUAUCAUUUCUUGCCUUUUAUAUUUGGAUCGUCGCAGUUGAUUGAUCAUAAGUAUAUGAAGCCUAAGUCAAUUCAUAAUGAGGACAUUUUGGAAAAUUUUUCUAGUGAGUAUAUGUAUCUUUCUUGCAUUGCUUUUAUAAAGAAGGUGAAAAAGGGGUUAUUUGCGGAGCAUUCUCCAUUGUUGGACGAUAUCAGUGGAGUGCCCAAUUGGAACAAGGUGAAUAGUGGGUUGCUUAAGAUGUAUAAAGCUGAAGUAUUAGAGAAAGUUCCCAUCAUGCAGCAUUUUUUGUUUGGGUGGCUCAUUAAAUGGCUUUCACUUUGCAAUGCAUCAUUAACUGGGGAUUAUGGUAAUGAUACCGCCAAAGACCAUCUGAACAGCUAGUCUAUCUAACUGUUAAACAUAGUGAUUCUUACAAGAUAACAAGUCUUCUGGAUCAUACCAGCAAAGGGAUUCCACAGAUUGAAUGCUUUGUGACCUCCUAUUAGUUCAGUUUGUUCUUAACUAUUGCUUUAAUGGAUUACAGAUGGAUAUUACUUGUCGUUUAGACAUUGCUUGCCUGCAUGCUAAUACACAGGCAUGUAGGACAAAUUAAAUGAUCUUCUGUUUGUGUUGCUUUGAUACUAAGAGAAGAAUUGUGGUUCUUCAGCUUCAUAUUUUCAUUUUGAUUGUACCGUUGUCUUGUUAUGACUCGAAUGCUGUUUGCUGGUUAAUAACUGCUUCACUAUGUUAUUCU